AUGAGUACCGCCACGGUGCCCUGGAGACCACCCGGCAUCGAUGCUACGCGUCAACCUUCACCACAAGAGGUAAAUACUGUCGAAGAAUUCUGGCGUGCCUAUUGCCAUAUUCGGCGGCCCGGCGAUAUCAAUACGAAGCUCGACCUGCACUUCUUCAAGGCAGAUAUCCGGCCGGUUUGGGAAGACCCGGAAAACGUGGAGGGUGGCAAGCUGUUCUGGCGCAUCAAGGCCAACUUCGCCGACCGGAUUUGGGAGAAUAUGCUGUUGCUCCUGGCCGGCUACCAGUUUGAG